CCAAUCGAAACGCAAUAGUCUUUUUCGCCUGCGCUUUCGCUCGGUUGCACGGCCUGACAUCUUUCUUUUCUGCUUCUACCACGUUUUGCUAAAGUUGUGGUCCGACCAAAAUGUAUAACGUUGUGUCGAAAAAACGCCGGUUCGUUGCCAAUGGCAUGUUCCGGGCUGAGUUGAACGAGUUUUUGACUCGUGAACUAGCAGAGGAUGGAUACUCCGGUGUGGAGGUGCGUGUGACUCCGACCAGAACGGAAAUCAUCAUUAUGGCCACUCGUACCCAGAACGUGCUGGGAGAGAAGGGACGUCGUAUCCGAGAGCUGACCGCCGUUGUCCAGAAGAGAUUCGGAUUCUCCCCGGGAACCGUUGAAUUAUAUGCUGAGAAGGUUGCCACCCGUGGUCUGUGCGCUAUCGCACAAGCCGAAUCACUGCGUUACAAGCUGAUCGGUGGACUGGCCGUGCGUCGUGCCUGCUAUGGUGUGCUGCGAUUCAUCAUGGAAUCCGGAGCCAAGGGUUGCGAGGUUGUCGUUUCUGGUAAGCUGCGUGGUCAGCGAGCCAAAUCGAUGAAGUUCGUUGACGGUCUGAUGAUCCAUUCCGGAGAUCCAUGCAACGAUUACGUCGACAUGGCCACUCGUCACGUUUUGCUGCGUCAAGGUGUGUUGGGUAUCAAGGUCAAAAUUAUGCUGCCCUGGGAUCCGAACGGCAAAAUCGGACCGAAGAAGCCGCUGCCGGAUAAUGUGUCUGUUGUGGAGCCGAAGGACGAAAUUAUGUACAGCACGCCCCGCAGCGAACCGAAGAACAAGCCGACGCUGGAGUUGACCGAAGUGGUGGAACCGGUGGCCAGCUAAACUGUUUAUUGUACUUUUUACAAAAGUAAUUGCAAGAAAUGGGAGGAAAAUAUAUGGAAAGAGUGUGAGAUAAAAAAAACAAUAAAAGUAGUCUGUAUAAA